ACUGAGGUGUGUCCCUCUGAUAGAGUAGGCUCAGACUUUACAAGAUUGUGGAAGGUUCUACUAAAACAUGAUUUACUAAUCUCAGAUUUAUUGUUUGUGUACUUUUACUAGUAAUCAGACCAAUUCCAUAAGUCGAUGUUUUCGCUUUUCUUGUCGAUUCUGGGUAACGCUCACAUAUCGAUUUAUCACAUGGCUCAUUUUGUUCCACGUCGUCACCAUACGUCGACCUCCGAUUCAAGACGCUCGUUAUAGAUCCCGAACUUUUUUAGCCAAUCACAAAAGGCUUUUUAUUGAGCUAAAUUAUUUUGGUCUGGUUUGUUUUGAUGCCAUUUUGACUGUCUCAUGGAAUCAGUACUUCAAAUCAAAAGUCUGGUUCAACAGCCAUUCUAACAGCGGUUGCGCGUAUAAACUAAAGCUACGCUAAAGGUGGGUGUACCUUUGGGAGAAUCGUUACAAACCUUGGAGCUAGCCGAAGAACUAGAAGAUGGAUAUGAUGAUGUUUGUUCUAACGCUUGUCUUAUUUGGAGCGUACACUGUUGUUCAUACACAUGAAGGAAACGUUUGUAGCGAUGAGAAUCUUAAUGAGAUUCUAAUUUCUUGUAUGAAGUCAUUUGUUUGUGGGCUGAAGAAAAAUUAUUCUAGUACAUGUAGUUACGAUAAAGUGAUCGAUUGCAUAUACUUCAAUCUCAAACUGAAGAACUGCACCUUCUAUGGAGAUAAAGAAAAGGUGAAAUGGCAUGUACCUAAAAUGCUAAUUUGUGAAUUUGGCGGUGUUGAUGUUAGCCAAUUUUUCCUAACCGAAAACUGCUAUCGAAACGCUAGUUAUUGCACUGACGACUUUCAACGUAUGUGGAGAAACAACAUGACUGACCCACGUCUGAACAGACAAUUCGAGGAAAUGAAAUUCUGUUUGAAAAAUCUUUCUGGAUCUAAAGAGUGCAAUGUGACGAUUUCGAAUUUGGAGGAUGUAUUGGUUAACCCGUUCGAGGAUUGCUGGGACAGCGGUUCAACAACUGUAUUCCCUCGUACUACUAACCUUGGCUCACCUCCUACCAGACCUUAUGGUCUUCUUAGUGCAUUUUCUAUUCUGAUAGCAUUCAUUCUAGCCCUAUUUUAAGAAUUAUCCACUGACAAGCACUACCCACCCAACGUCUGGUUACAAGAGUCUGUAGUUAUUAUAUUAUUUCAGUAUACGAACAUUUCUCAACAAUUCCUAGGGAUUUUGGUCUUAUCGGGUUAUUUGAACACGUCUAAGUUAAGUUAAAUUCAAAGCCAUUUUCAUUAAAACAAUCGUCUUCGUUCUUACGACGGUAGUACUUAAUGGCCUUCGUUCCAUGAUCGAAUUGGAAUGUGGAAGUUGAUUUUUGUGGAGGGAGGAAAACCGGAGAACCCGGAGAAAAACCCUCGAAGCACAGGAGAAAACCAACAAACAACUUUACUCGCAUGGUCGCAUUGAUGAGAGGCAAGCGUUCUCACCGCUACUCUACCCGUGCACCCACGUGAGGACCUCAGAGGAGAGAGGCCAUCAAACAGGUAAAGAGAAAAGAUACGUUUUUCCAGCUUACGUUAAAAAUAGAAUGAAGCCAUUUUCAUUUGUAUUGCUAGCGCUGAAGAAAACUCUAAGGAGCUUGUAUAAAAUAACUUCAUCUGAAAUCAUCCAUCGUCUAUGUUUAUUACUAUUUGGUUACAUUCGUUAUAAUUUAUAUAUAAAGUUGUAUGAUAAUCGUUAUAAUUAUAUCCAUCACUGGUGAUUAGAUCUGAUUGUUUCUAAGCGAGUGCGAUCUAAUCGCGAAUCGCAGCAAUUAAAUAGCAGGAAAAAAGCAUCAUUUGACCAAUCACAUCAGAAAAAAGGCCAAAUGACAAAGAAGAAAAAAAAUGGAGGGGUUUUUCAUGUUAAAGACAGUUUUUUGAUUAAAUGUAUUAUUCUUGCAAAAUGAA